AUGCGGAGGUCCCCGGACGUCAGCCCGCGGAGGCUGUCGGACAUCAGCCCCCAGCUGCGCCAGCUCAAGUACCUGGCCGUGGACGAGGCUAUCAAGGAAGACCUGCGCUGGUCGCGCUCCGUGGAGGACCUGAGCGCGCCCGCGGGGCUCUCGUCCAUCGAGGAGCGCAUCCUGCGCAUCACCGGCUACUACGGCUACCAGCCCUGGGCAGCCCGCUGCACACGGGAGGAGCGUCCCCGGGACCCCCCGGGCCCGGCAGAGGUCCAGGCUCCGGCCGGGGUGGAGGCCGGAGGGAAGACGAGCCGGCCACGCUGGACUUGCUCACGGGCUCGUCUCAAGAAGACGUUGUGGGGCGUGGCCGUGGUGCUGUGCGUGUGCGCCUCCUGGGCGGGCUCCACGCAGCUCGCCAGACUCACCUUCAGGACAUUCGAUGCGCCCUUCACGUUGACCUGGUUUGCCACCAACUGGAACUUUUUAUUCUUCCCGUUGUACUACGCGGGGCGUGUGUGCAAGUCCACGGAGAAGCAGUCUGUGAAGCAGAGAUACAGGGACUGCUGUGGACUGUUUGGAGAGAAUGGCUUGACUUUGAAGGUGUUUUUUACCAAGGCUGCCCCUUUCGGGGUUCUCUGGACCCUGACAAACUACCUGUACUUACAUGCAAUAAAGAAAAUAAACACUACGGACGUCUCCGUGUUGUUCUGCUGCAACAAAGCAUUUGUGUUCUUGCUCUCAUGGACCGUUCUCAGGGACAGGUUCAUGGGAGUGAGGAUUGUGGCCGCCAUCCUUGCCAUUGCCGGCAUCGUGAUGAUGACCUACGCCGACGGCUUCCACAGCCAUUCUGUCAUCGGCAUUGCCCUGGUGGUGGGCUCCGCCUCCAUGUCAGCCCUGUACAAGGUUCUGUUCAAGCUGCUGCUGGGCAGUGCCAAGUUCGGGGAGGCCGCGCUCUUCCUGUCCAUCCUGGCCGUGUUCAACGCCGUCUUCGUCACCUGUGUCCCUGUCGUCCUCUACUUCACCAAAGUGGAGCACUGGAGCUCCUUCGCCGACAUACCGUGGGGAAACCUUUGCGGGUUUUCCCUUCUCUUGUUGACAUUCAAUAUCGUAUUAAAUUUUGGGAUUGCUGUGACGUACCCAACGCUGAUGUCCCUCGGGAUCGUCCUCAGUGUGCCUGUGAAUGCAGUGGUGGACCACUACACCAGUGAGAUUGUCUUCAAUGGCGUGAGGGUCAUUGCCAUCGUGAUCAUCGGCCUGGGUUUCCUGCUGCUGCUGCUGCCGGAGGAGUGGGAUGUCUGGCUGAUCACGCUGCUCACGCGCCUCAAAGUGAGGAAGAAGGAGGAGACGGCAGAGAGUGGCGGGGACCUGAGCUCUGGCCCCCAGAGCAGGGGCAGAAGAGCUCGCCCGUCCUUUGCACGCUGA